AUAACUAAAGUUGAAAGCCAGAUUGCUUCUCUCUGUAUUAGAGAGGGGAGAGAGAGGAGAGGAGCAAUGAAUCGCCCUUUUGUGAAUCUGCUGGCCAAAAAAUGGAGCGACGGCCGCCCUGCCUUCAACCUGCACCGCAUCGAUCCGGCAAGAUUAUUCUCCCCUACCAGAUCACAAGAACCAGCAGAUCCAACACCAAUAAAGAAGGCUCCAGCUUUGGCUCGGCUGCCUCCCGCCGCCGUAUCCUUCGACUGGCCCUGCACGAGAUACCCCAAAGGGUGGAUCCACUUCAUGGCCCUCAAGAACGACAUCAUCGCCGUCGACCACCAUGGUGACACCCUCCUCUACGAUGGCGCGCUUGGCGCCGUCCGCGUCAUGAACCCGAAGCCAAACCCCAGGUGCACCUCCAUCUCCCUCACCGUUGGCGACAGCCUCUACACCAUGGAUGUCAGCCCUGGUCCGCCGCCUAAGGUGAAGUAUUUCGAUGCUUUUACCUACGGCCCCUCGUUUGGCAAGUGCUUGCCGGAGGACUGGUAUUGGCGCCCUCUCCCGCCGCCUCCAAUUGAUUACGACCACUACAAGUACGAGUACGAUCCUCAUCAAAUCUACGACAGGUCUCCGGAGCGAGAGCCACACCCCUGUUCGAUUGGCUCCUACACAGUGGUUCGCGAUUCGCAAAUCUGGAUAUCCACGGUGGGCGCCGGCACCUACUCCUUCGACACGGCUACCCACGCAUGGAGCAAGGUCGGCGACUGGGCUCUGCCGUUCAAAGGCCACGCCAAGUACGCCCCUGAGCAUGGUCUCUGGUUUGGCUUCUCGGAGAGUGAUGGGCAGCUCUGCGUGGCUGACCUUGCGCAGAUGUCACCGCCGGUGAAGCUCAACUCCUGGGAAGAGCUGCCUUUGCCGGGAGGGUGGUUCCCAGUGGCGUCACACCUCUUGCCGCUGGGCUCUGGCAAGUUCUGCGUCGUGAGGUUCUUCCAGGUAAUCAAGCUGUGGAGGAGGCCGGUGGUGCUCACUGGCGUGGAGUUUCAUGGCACUGCAGCAGGACCAGGAAGCCUCCGGAUAAUCAAGCACAAGUCCAGACGUUACCAUUUCCAAAACUACGAAGACGUUAAGCUUGUCUGAUAUUGUAAGCGAGGCCUCUUUUCAGUUUGUAGACAAUGCGCUAUGAGCUUUGGUCUUUUGUAAAUUAGUCUUGGAGGUACGAAUCAUCUUAUUCAGAUCCUACUGUCAUCCAAUUAUGCUAACCUCCU